CGCAGUAUAAAAGGCAACAGCUCGAUGUCUGAUGCAUCUCAGUCGAUCUCCACCUGUCAUCAUGUUCACAAAGACCGUUCUCGCUUUUGCGUUUGUGGCCGUCGCUAUGGCUGCUCCUUCACAGCCUUCUUACGAUUACUCUCCUCCGGCAACCUAUGACGCUCCUGCUAAGUACGACUUCAACUACGCUGUUAAGGACGACUAUUCCGGAAACGACUUCGGUCACCAGGAAGCCCGUGACGGAUACAACACUCAGGGUUCCUACUUCGUCCUCCUUCCCGACGGUCGUCUGCAGAGGGUCAUUUACACUGUCAACGGCGACUCUGGCUACGUGGCUGAGGUCAGCUACGAAGGUGAAGCCCAGUACCCUGAGCACCAUUCUGCUCCAGCCUACAAGCCUGCUCCUGCUUACAAGCCUGCCCCUGCCUAUGAACCCGCCCCUGUUUACGCCUAAAUAUGACAUAUGAUCUAUAAACAUAUUGAAAAUAUUUAUUAAACAACAAUUCUAGCGU